GGCAAGGCCCCAGGCCUCGGCCUUCACCUCAACGCCAGAUCAAUUAAGCAUUUCGUAUCGUUGCAGCGCUACGCUGAGCACUUCUAUCCGAACUCAUUGACCUUUGGUUUGUGCCUGCUUACCGCUAGGGGUGGCCAGUACCAUGUCCACGUGGGGUCGCAGCAUCGCUUUCUGCGUAAAUUGCAUUGCCAGAAUGCCACCGUUUUUCUGUAUGCGGAUGACACGCACGCGGAUAUUGUUCGCCUGCGUCUCAUGCCUCCGUUCAGUGAGCUAAAUCCCGAUGCCACAUUCUCCAAGCGGGCCAUCUAUGAGGAGAUACUGUCGGUGGCGCUCGAGCGCGGCUGCAUGGGAUUGCUGAGGCAUUGUGCCAAGGGCUGGAUCGAUGGCAGCUGCAUGUUCAACCUGUGCAUUCCCACAGAACUCACACUGUUGACCGUCACCGCCUGGAUUGUGAAGCGCGCCGCGCAGACAAAGACGCGCUGCUCGGAGCUGUGCGAAAGCAUCUUUGACUACGGCGGCUAUCCGCUGGACGAGCGCGAGCGCGAGCGCAAGGAGCUCAAGGUGCUCAAUGGCCGGCUGGGCAACUUGGACAACCUGCAGGCGUUCAUUGUGAACUUGGGCAAGCGCAGCCUGGCGCCUGCGACCAUCAGUGAGAUCGAGGAUAAUGCACAGCGGAUUCGCACAUUUUACACCUAUCAGCGAGUGCUUUUGUUCUUCAUUGAGUGGGGACGGGGACUGGUGCCAGAGGGUCAGCAGGAGCAAGAUCAGCAUCAGCCUUCGGCUCUGGCUCAGCUACAAUCUAGCUACGCCAAUAGACACACGUCUGUGGGUGAUAAUCGAUACAUCAAUGGCCUGCUGCGUCGCAUUGGCCAGGACACGGGCGGCGGUGCAGCCGUGGCCCUCACCUAUCCACCACGAACACUGCACUUUCUCAUGCAUUUGAUGUUGGCGUUCAACACCGGUUUGGAAAACAAGCACGAGGUCAUCUUGUAUCUGCUCUACGGUCUGGAUGUUGUCCAGACGGCGGGCGUCAAACUUAGCGACAGAUUUGAGGCCUCCUUCGGUCUCAAAACGCAGCUCGUGACGCGUGUCAAGUCGCUCUGGCACCUGGAGCACGAUAAUCAUGUGGAAUGCAUCAAAGUGCUGUCGAGCUCAUUGUGCCCCGAUAAUCCAUACCAGAGCUGGCAUGUGGACCUUCUGGUGGAGGCGCUGCUGGCCAAGGGCGCCACUUCGGAGGCCAUGAGUGUGGUGUAUCGACCACCGGGUCCGCUCGCCUCGCUAGCGCGCUUGAAGGUGCUCAUGGCCAGCAAGAGCAUACCCGAGGCCUUUGCGUAUGCACGCCGCAAUGACGACGAUGAAACGGGCCGCCCGCUGCUGGAGUACUUUUUUCGGCAAUCGAAUCGGAUGCGCCAGUUCAAGGCGCUGGCCCAGCUGUGUCUGCGCGACACGGAGGAGGAGCUCGCCCUGCGCCUGCUCAGGGAUUGCAGGACACCGUUGACGGACAGCGUUCAGUUGAUUUUGCUGCUGCAAAAGUCCAAGUACAUUGAGGCGGUCUCCUUCAUGGAUAAGGUGGCCGCCGAGCGGGAGAUUGCCGAUGAGUCCAGCCGUGCCAUCAUCUAUGCCUACCGCUCAACAAUGAAUCCCGUUUUGCAGACCCUUGCUGCCACUUGGACGUGGCGCCGGCUGAGAACGUGCAUCCGGUGCCCUUUAGCUAUCAGCUGGCCAGGGACUGUGCCGGUGGACUGCGGGGCGGCGUCUUCCAGAGCUCUGCCCUCGGCGCACGCUGGGCCACGCUCUACCACACGGAUUCAGCGGCAAAAGAAAAAGGACCAAUGCCCUGCCACCAGGUGCCCUUCCUGCGGAGCUCGCUGUACGGCCUCAGCCAGCUGCCACAUCGUCGACGCACAGUGCGCCCCGUGCCCCACCAGGCGGUGGAGAAGCGUGUACGCGAGCAGGAGGAAUCUGAGCUAACCGUCUGCACGGCCAACGGAAAAGGCAACCCCAGUCUACGAUCCUGCAGCCAUCGAAGCGCCGCCGCUUGCUGAACGAACAGUUUGUGGUAGUAGUUUCCACUACUUCCCUCCAGAAUACGUCACACAUAAUGCAGUUGCCCUCACUGGGCACAGCGUGCAGAUCACCAUUUUCGCGGUCUGAACACUUUGAGCUUCGCUUCUCAUCUACUUCCACUUCGAACCAAUCCAUUUUUACUAUAAACUCUAGGUGCACACCAAACAAUAAGUAAAGCCUAGUACUCAGAUGGAAGCAGAGUGACCGUACGGAAUGCGGCUUUCACCUCUGGUCACACUCUGCUGCUAGCAAAAUAUAUUGCAGAUUUUGCUAGCAGGUUUUUGUUUCGAUCUGAGUACUAGGCUUAAACAAAGACAAAUUAUUUGAAACCUUCUGCUGUAUUUAUUAAUAAAUAACAAACAAAUCGAA